CCCAAUGUUGUUUUGAUUUCCUGCCUUGUCCUCACUACAGGCCCCCUCGGCAGCAAACUUUGGAGGCAUGGUCAACUUUGGCACCAGGACGUGUUAAGCGUCGCGCAGCCCGCCUGCUGAGCACGGCGACAGGACGGCUUGUAGUUGAAGUAAUGUCGCCCCCACACCGCUCGGCUGGUCCCGUACGUCAGGCCCCUGCAUGCGCAUCUCCACAAUGGCAGACAGGCAGGCGGGCCGAACGACCCCAACUGCCUCGACUCAAUUGCAAUUUGCAAGUCUCGGCACGCUGACGAUCCGGGCAACACGCGCAAGUCACGGUUGUGGUCGCGCCAUGCGCCUUCCUCGCACCUCCUCCACCCUGAGGAGACUUUUGCUCGAUUCGAGUGUCAUUUACACGCCACCAUGUACAGCUCUUUACCAGCUCACGACGAGACGCCGGCCAUGGGCGGCGCAUCAGUGGCGGUUCGCGUCCAACGACCCCAAGGGCACUGGCAAGGAAGGAGACCCGUACAAGGUCCUCGGCGUGCCCCGAGAUGCCUCUCAAAAAGACAUUCAAAAGGCCUACUACAACAAGGCGAAGAAGCUCCACCCCGACGCGUCCAAGGAAGAUAGAGCCGAAUUCCAGGAUCUCGUAGCGGCUUACGAAAAAAUAAAAACCCCUGAAGCGAGAAAGAUCCAUGAUGCCGAGGUCGAGCGCGAGAGAGCUGCGCGGCGAGCACAGGAUGCCGCCGCGACACCGCCACCAGCACAACCAAGCCCGAAGCCCGAGAAGAGCCAAACGUCGCCGGGAGGUCCCGCAAAGCCCGUCAGUCGAGCAUCCUCGAGUUUGAUGAAGAGGUAUCAAAGAGCAAAGCAAGAGGCAGAGGCCCGAAAAGAGAAGGAACUGGAAGCUAAAAGGGCGGCUCAGAGAGAGAGGGACUUGGCCGCUCGGAGAAGGAGGGACUUGGCCGCUCAGAAGCAAAGGGAUAUGCUCGAAAGGCAGGAUCGUGAACGGCGUGGCCGGGAGGCAGCUCUCAGAGCCAGCGACAAGCCCAAGGAGCCGGACCAAACAGGAGCUGCGAGGGGCAAUACAACGUCGCCUGCAAAUAAGGCCAAGACCGAGCCGUUAAGAGUCGCAAUAUUCGGCGUCGGAGCUGGAGCUUCCAUUGAAGGUGUGAUAGAGGCUCUUGCCCUCUCCGCGGUUGGAUCAUUAGCCCGAAUCCAGAUUUCGCCGACCGGAACGGCCAAGCUCGACUUCUUCACCGCCGAUGCCGCUCGCAAGGUGCAUCAAGUGUCCAGACAGGACAGGUUCAUCGUCAACGGGAACAAGGUUCGGGGUAUGACCCUGCAUAUCUCUGCACUCCCUAUUCCACAGGACCCAACUGCCUCACGGGUCCUGGUGGUCACGGAUCCUCGUGACGACAAGAUGCCCGACAUGGACUCGCGUACUGUGAGAGACAUUCUGCGCCGGGAAGGCCACAACUGUCCUUGGGUCAAAGUCAGACGCUUAUCACGGACAAGAGUUGAAUUCCACUUCAGCUCCUUUAGGGAGGCUGAAAAAGCCGGACAGAUUUUGCACAACUUGAUCCCUGGCAUCCAGAUCAGGUACGGGAUCGAUCCGGCAACGGGCAGGGAGGAACCGGGGUCUUCCUUUCUGAGAUGGAUUGCUACAGGCGAGGACCUACCGAAGACGGCGUUCUAUGGGGGUUUGCGUGGCUUCUUCUUUUCAGCUAUGACUGCCUGCUUCUAUUUGCUGGGCAACGAAUACCUUAAGUCUUUGUUCAGAGCCAGGCUUCACGGUCAACGCUUCUUUGAUAUGACGAUAUGGGUCCGGUGGGUGGAGAGCUCGCAAUGGACCAUCGGGUGUGUUCCAAGUGGGGCAUCCAGAUGUCGUUGCUCGGCGAUCUUCGUCUGAUGACAUACUGUAAUUCGUUGUCUGGCAGGGGACUGCACAUGUGACUUCUGGAGAAUCCAUCAUGAACACCCAUCCAGCUGUCCACUAGCCUAUAGUUUGAUAAGCUUGGUUGCAUGACUGGGCGCAAACAGCCACGGGUGAAUGAGGCAAUAGUACAUAAAGCUAGACUGGCAAAAGCCCAUAGUAUUUCUCCUUCGAGUGGAAUUGUUCAAUGGUCAACUAAUUACAGACUUGGUCAGCACAA